GCAAGAACAGCAAAAAGCCACGGCAGGUGUUAUGAACACGAGAAACCAGCCUCAAGACAGGCAUCAACGCUCAUAUCAUCCUUAUCGCAAGGUUACAGACUAUGCCAAGCACACCAUGAAACGAGCUGGCUGGUUCCCCAAUCGAGAUCAAGGCAAUUCGUCAUCCCGUAUGUAUGGGAACUCAGAGCGCCCUUUUUUAGGGCAGCGCCAGAAUUCCAACUUCAAGAAAGGGAAUUCAAAACAACAGGCAUCACACACCUACACCCCAACAGCAGCCAACAGGGGCAAACAAUCGUACCAUCGCAAGAAGUAGUCGAGGGAAAUUCCCCUUCAGGCUCAAGCACUCAAGAGGCUUGGCGUGCACACUGUGACCUACAUGGAUUAACAGAGAGAACUACAGACAUUAUUGGUGCAUCAUGGAGAGAAUCAACAAAGAAACAAUACAACAUUUACAUCUCCAAGUGGAAAAUUUUCUGCGAACAGCACAAACUUCCAUGGAUGCAGGCUAAAGCUAAGGAUAUUUUAGAGUUUUUCAGUGACCUUUUUUACAGACAUAAUGCUAGCUAUAGUGCUAUCAAUACAGCAAGGAGUGCCCUGGCAUCAGUCAUGAGUUUGGAUGAUAGCAACUAUACGAUUGGUUCACAUCCUAUCAUAAGCAAGUACAUGAAAGGUGUUUUCCAGCUAAGAACUCCAACCCCACGCUAUGCUCAGGUUUGGGACGUCAGUAUUGUAUUGGAUUACCUUCGUCUUCAACCAGCUAAUGAUAAGCUUCCUUUGUGUAAAUUGACUCAAAAAUUGAGCAUGUUACUUGCGCUUACUUCAGCACAAAGAGUACAAACUCUUUGGAACCUUAAUUUGGACAAGAUGUGUUUGAAGACAGACUCGGUGGAAUUCCACGUUGAUAGCCUGCUUAAGCAGAGUAAACCAGGAAAUGUUGGUAUAAUGGUGAAGAUAUCAGCAUUCCCAGAGGAUGAACGGCUUUGUGCCGUACAUUGCAUCGAACAAUAUAUAAAACUGACAAAAGAAAUAAGGAAGUCAGAGAGACACCUGUUCAUCUCGUUUCGGAAGCCACACAAAAGAGCAUCCUCGCAAACAAUUUCGAGAUGGAUCAGAGUUGUGAUGAAAAUUUCUGGCAUCGAUACGGACCAGUACAAGUCUCACUCUACAAGGGCAGCAUCUACUUCAAUAGCCAAGAAGAUGCACAUCCCAAUGGAUGUGAUUCUCAAGCAUGCCGGUUGGGCCAAUGAGAAAACUUUUGAAAAAUACUACAACAAACCAGUGAAUACGGGACAUUCUACUUUCACUCAAGCAGUCCUACAUCACUGAUUCUGAUUUCUACCAGGACCAGGUUAGCUAUUCCUGAUAUUUGUUGACAAAUUAUUGUCGCAUAUGUGACUACUGAGCUUUGAAGUCUCAUGUAUUCUCGUUACCGAGAAAUAUGAAAUAAAAUAGGAGGAUUAAACGAGAACUUACAGUUUGAAGUUUGAUCCUUAUUUUAUGAGUAUUAGGAGGUUAGAGAAUACAUGCCCUACCUCUCCCUCCCUUGCUCAGGAUCAUUAGUAUGUUCUCAUCAGUCCUAUUUUAUUUAUUUUAUUUGUUCAUCAGUAGUCACAGUUGCUUUGAAGAUUGAUUGUAGCGUUGCGGGCGGGCUCUCAUGUAUUCUCUAACCUCCUAAUACUCAUAAAAUAAGGAUCAAACUUCAAACUGUAAGUUCUCGUUUAAUCCUCCUAUUAUA